AAAAUUAAGUCAGAGUCACACUUAGUGUAGCAGAAAAAUUGAAUAUAUAAUUUUGAGAUUAAAUAUGAUUUCACUCUUCCAACAUCAGCUUAAGCUUAUAGCUAGCUAGAAGAAAAUUAAACGUAUUCACAUAUAGUAUGUCUUUUAUCAUGGUUUAAUUUUUUUUGUUAAAAUUAAACCAUGAAAACAAGUACAGUCGCAGACAAUGAAACUUACAGGGAAACAUUUUAUGUGACACCGCCCACCAAAAUCUAAGAGUAGUGGCGUGAAAUAAAUACGAAAAACGGACAAAAAACCGUAAAAAAUUAACAUCCUUUAAAGCUUUUUGCAAAAAACACAUAUAUAAAUAUAUAUAUACACAUAUAUAUUUAUAUACGUACACACAUACAUCAACAUACAUUUUACUUUGAAGCUAUAACCUACAUCUAAUCACGACAACUGAUAUUGUGGUGACGAGACUUCUUCAGGAAGCAUCCUGUUUAACGUGAAUCACCAACUUUACCGUUGGUGCCAAUGUCAUAUGUGGAAUAUCAUCACGCUUGAUGUUUCUUCUUCGUCUAGCUGAUCCAUUAUAAUCAGAGAAAUUGAACCGCGUACCUCUUUUUAUCAACCAUGUAUUAUUAAGAAACUCAGACAGAGAAGACAUAUUUAGAAAAGCAAGAUUGUAGGCUGACAUGAGUUCUGAUUGCCACGCACUUGUGGUGAAAGAAGGUUAUCUAUGGAAACGCGGAGAACAUAUUAAAAAUUGGAGGAAACGAUAUUUCCUUCUACGGAAAAAUGGUGCCUUCUUCGGUUUUCGGGCGAAACCUGAGAAUGACGCCACAGAACCUCUUAAUAAUUUCACAGUUAAGGGAUGUCAGUUGAUGAAGCAGGAUAAACCUCGGCCCAAUACAUUUAUUAUCAGAGGACUACAAUGGACAACAGUCGUAGAACGCAUGUUCUGUGUCGACAGCCCAGAAGAAAGGUAAGAUUGGAUCAUUUCAUUCAUGUUAUUA